GCAGUGAGCAGACUUGUCUUCUUCCCUUCUGAAAUUCAUUCCUCUUUCAAAUUACAGUAGAAAAGAAAAGGAAAAAUGCAGAGUAUCAGAGCCGAAGAUAUUUCGAAGAUCGGAGGAAUCGCCACCGUCGCUUUACUCCAUUCGUUCAUCCCGACGCACUGGCUCCCGUUUUCCAUCGUCGGACGUGCGCAGAAAUGGACUCUCUCCAAGACUCUUCUCGUCACUGCAUUCGGAGCUGUCCUGCAUGUAAUUUCGACCUCACUUCUUGGCAUAACUGCAGUUACCAUGGCAAACACCAUUGCCGGCGAGGAAACGGUCAAUAGACUCGCUUCCCUUUUGCUGGUAGUUCUUGGAGGGAGUUACAUCAUGCUGUUUAUGUUGGGAAAGGGUGGUCAUAGUCAUGCCCACAACCAUCCCAUGGAGAGGAUGGCUGUUGCUGGGCUUGUCCUUGUGCCCGCCUUGUCUCCAUGUGCGACCACUCUGCCAGUGUUCCUCGCUGUCGGCAACUCAUCCUCCAUGAUGGUGCUUGCUAUCAUAGUGCUGCUUUUCAGCACUAUUACUGUGAUGACUUCCUUGGUGUCCCUCUCGUUCUACGGUGCUAGCCAACUCAAGUUUCACUGGGUGGAGCGCUACGACAAGCUUCUCGUAGGCACUGUCCUCUGUCUGGUCGGUGUUUUGACACUCAUUCUCCAUGAUCAUGACGGCAAAGGGCAUUCCAGUGGAGAACAUUUGCACAGAAAGAUUGUUGGGUUGUGAGGAUUUAGGUGGGCCAUGUUAUCUGAACUAUAUUUUUCUUAAGAGUGAUAUUGAAGAACCGGUGCAGACAUAGUUUCAAUGGCGGAAUAUAUUGUGAUGAGAGUGCCCCCCACAAGCCUAUCAAUUGUACCUUAUCAGCAAUGGUUUCCAUCAUUUAACCACAUACAGAUGCAUGGUUUAACAUGCGAUUGGAGUUUCAAUCUCGUGGCUCAGUGGUUGAUUAUUUGUGUUUCAACAUCAAGGUAUCAAGUUCGAGUUCAGCUUAUAAUCGAGAAUAUAUGUGAUUUGUUGUAAUUGCAUGAAGAAUCCUGUUGUAUUGGUUUUUUUUUUUUUUUCUCUUUUAAUUUGUAUAAUAACAUUUUCUUCCUUUGACUGUGGCCGGCAGUAUGGUUGAGGAUAGAUGGAAGAUGCAACUUCUGGUACAUGUGCCAACCUCGCGCACAUGUGGCAGAUCUGUUCUGUUCCUCCCCCUGCUUGGCCGGCCCACCAGGUGGGUGACGGAGUUAUUGUGAAUGCAGACCAUUGACCAUUGUCUUUCUAA